AUGCUGCGAGUGACGGGCAGGAUCCGCGGGGAAGUGGUCCCCCUGAGGAGGCACUACACCAACAACAGCCGUGGAAUGCUGAAGGAGUACGUAUAUACAAAAUACCGAAUCAGUUUGCCCCACAUCAGUAAUGUCAAGUACGACGACCUGUAUCUCUCGAGUCCAAGCAAAGAUGAUCUGUAUACAUUCACGAAGAAGGUCCCCAUUUUCCUUCGUUACUUAAAGUUAAUAACUUCCAUGGAAAAUAGGAAUGAAGAUUUUGUUGAAUUUGCAAGGAGAUGUGAAAGUGGCCUGACAACACAAAAGGACAUUUACCUAACCAAGGAAGAACUCCUAGAUUUAAUGUUCUUAAAUGGUUAUUCAAAAAAAGAAAUAAAUGCAUUAGAUUUAGCCUUUACCAACAGCUAUGAAUUCCAUUACCCUGAAAUUGCUGCCUUGUUCAAACUGGAGGAAGAAGACGUAUACAAAUUUUGUCUUAAAAAAAGAAGUGAAAAUCCUGAAAAAUUAUUUCACUUGAAAUUUAUGAAGGAAAAAAAUCUCCUCUCAUCAUAUGGCCUUAUAUUUGUUUUUCUUUAUUUUGGUUUAAAUAAUGUGGUGUUGAGUAAUGCUUGGUUUUUGUCCAAGACCAUCCCCUUCUUUUCUGUCUUCUACAUGCUAGCUGCUCAUUUUUAUAAAGAGAUAUGGGAUUUUUUAAAUAAGGAAAAGAACCUCAUGAUAAAACAAAAUGAGGACAAUAAAUUAGCCGCAGAAGAAAUUAUAUAUAACCAACUGAAAUUAUAUUCGAAGGAUACUGAGUGUAGUGCACACCUGAGUAACUUGAAGGAAUAUUGUAAUGAACUUAUUAAAUGUUAUAGAAGAGCUUAUAUAAAUGAAGAAAGGAAAAGAAUACAUGAACAGCUAGAACAAAAAUUAAAUGAAAUAUAUAACGCUGAAGUCAAGUAUAAAAACUCUUUACAACAAAUCCUGGUACAAGAAAUUGUUAAAAUGACAUACGAAAAGGUAGAGAGUGAUUCUAACUUCUACAACUCUAUCCUGAACGAUAGCAUAAAUAAUAUAAAGGGCAUCACACAAGACGACACAUUAAUUAAACAUGUGAAGACCCAGCUCAACUUUGUUAAAGAGCUAGAUAAACAAAACCCCCUUGUUAAAAACAUCCUCGCGCAGUACGAACAUAAGAAGGAAGGGUAUGUAAACCAGUUCGUGGUGCACAAGGACGAAGCAAACAAAGUCAAGGCUAUCACUUCCAAGUGCGGACUCGAUUUGAAUAAACUCAAUAAGGAAGACUAUGGGGAGUUGCUCAAACUGUACGGUGCUAUAAACAACCGGUUCGGUUUCUACACCAAUGACGAGGAAAUAUCUGCUGUUGUGCCCCGGGACGAGGACUCUAAACACGCUGCGGACACACUCAACCGGGCCAUCGCCAAUGCUAACCGCCAGAUGCGGGAGCGAAACUUGGUGGCCUUCAUGCAAGCCUUCCAGUAG